AUGUCAAUCAAGUAUCUAUUUAAGUAUGUGAACAAAGGUAAUGAUAGGGUCACAGCGGAAUUCUACAGGAGCACCACUGAUGAGCGGUCAAAUGAGGUUGUAGAUGAGAUCAGCAUGUAUUAUGAUUGCAGGUAUGUUUCUGCCAGCGAGGCAGCUUGGAGACUUCUUAGCUUUGAUGUCCAAUUUAGGCAUCCUCCUGUGGAAAGAUUAAGUUUUCAUCUUCCAGAUUGCCAAUCAGUUGUGUUUGAGGAUGAUGACCGUAUAGAAAAUGUACUUAAUCGACUGACAGUAAAUCAAAGCAUGUUCACUGCAUGGUUUGAUGCUAACAAGAAAUAUGAUUCUGCUAAGUCCUUGCCUUAUAUUGACAUGCCAACCAAGUUUGUGUGGAAGAAGGAUAUUAGAGAGUGUCAUCCAAGGCAGAAAGGGUUCGCCAUUGGACGGAUUUUUUACGUACCUCCUGGAAGUGGUGAAAUAUAUUACUUGAGAUGUCUCCUAAAUGUAGUUCGAGGUCCUACAAAUUUUGAAGACAUCAAGUCAUAUAAGGGUGUAAUAUAUCCAACUUUUCGAGAUGCCUGCUAUGCAAGAGGGUUGUUAGAUGAUGAUAAAGAGUACAUUGAUGCAAUUAAUGAAGCAAGUCAGUGGUCUACUGCUGCAUCAGUGAGAAAAUUAUUUGUUAUAUUACUUACCUCAAACUUGGUUAAUCGCCCGGAAAAUGUUUGGAAUGAAGUCUGGCAUCACCUAUCAGAGGAUGUACAAUACAACAGACGUAGAGUGUUGCAAGAAAGAGAUUCAGAGUUGUGUUUAUCUGAUGAUGACAAGAAGAAUUCGGUGCUGAUUGAAAUUGAGCGAUUAUUACAGUUGUACAACAAGACCUUGAGCGAUUAUCCUCAAAUGCCAAUUCCAAACUAUGAUUCAGAAUGGCGAUGUGAUAAUCGGCUGUUGUUUGCUGAGCUCAAUUAUGAUCGUGUUGCAUUAAGAGAUGAGAGGAAAACAUUUGUUUGGAAGGCAUUAUCAGCAAAAAUACGGUCACAGGGUGAUAUUGUCAUCAAUGUUGCAUCUAGCGGUAUUGCAUCUUUGCUUCUGCCAGGAGGUCGAACUGCACAUUCAAGAUUCGCAAUACCAAUUGGUGUUACCGAAGAUUCCACAUGCAACAUCACUCAGGGCAGCCACCUUGCCGAAUUAAUUAUCAAGUGCAAACUUAUAAUAUGGGAUGAAGCACCAAUGAUGCACAAACACUGCUUCGAGGCACUUGAUAGGACAUUGCGUGAUCUCUUGCGGUUCAGUGAUCCUCAUAGUAACAAAAAAACCUUUGGUGGCAAGACUGUGGUUUUGGGCGGUGAUUUUAGACAAAUUUUGCCAGUCGUCCCUAAAGGUUCGAGGCAAGAUAUUGUUUCAGCUUCAAUCAACUCUUCGUAUCUGUGGGAGUCGUGUCAAGUUCUUAGGUUAACAAAGAAUCUAAGACUGAACAAUAGGGAACCAGGAGUGGAUAUGCAAAAGGUUGAACAAUUUGCGUCAUGGUUAGCUGCUAUCGGAGAUGGGACAAUGGGGGGGCCUAAUGAUGGUUAUGCAAAUGUCCAAAUCCCUAAUGAAAUGUUGUUGCCAUCCCCUGGUGAUCACAUAGCCACAAUUGUUGAUAGCAUAUUCCCAAUGUUCAAGGAGGGUUGUUGUCAGCAAAAAUACAUGGAAAGUCGUGCAAUUUUGGCUCCAACACUAGAUGUGGUCAAUGCAAUCAAUGAGUAUAUGACUGAUUUGCAUGUUGCUGAAAGCAAGACCUAUCUAAGUUGCGACACCGUCUGCAAAUCUGAUUCAAGUGAUGGUAUUCUAAAUGAUAUGCAUACUCCUGAAUUUCUAAAUGGGUUAAAAGCUUCUGGAAUCCCUAACCAUGCUUUAACUUUAAAGGUUGGCUCUCCGGUGAUGUUAUUGAGAAACAUAUAUCACUCGAUGGGACUGUGCAAUGGUACAAGACUGAUCAUUACCAGGUUAUCUGAUCAUGUUGUGGAAGCAAAGAUUGUAACUGGAAACAAUGUGGACAAAAUUGUCUUGAUUCCACGGAUGUCAAUGACCCCUACUGAUACAAGAUUGCCUUUUAAAUUCCAAAGAAGACGGUUUUCCCCUUCUCCCACGUCUCUCACCGCCUCUGUACCUCCGCUCUCGCUCCUCAUUCCUCACACCGUCAUCGACUCUGCGGCUCUGCGAACCCCACCUCAGCUUUACCCUUCAGCCACUCAGCUUUGCUUCAUUAAGUCACCCUCACUGUCGUCUGCCUCACUUUAUCUUCCCGCUUCAGAGCCAGAGACCACUUCUCGCAUCAGCCGCCGCUCUCCUUCCACUUCAACAGUUUUGUCGGUGCCGUGUAAACGUGCUGCUCUCGGCAGGGGGUAA